AGUUACAUCAUUAGCUGCAGUUCAUCUCCCUUAUAUAGCCCUGACCUGGGGCAUAAAUUUAUCUGAAAAUCCGUAAGACGGACAGAACAGACCUCAGAGAAGACCAUCCAGCUAGACAAAACAUUGCAGAACUGCUGCCUAAUUCACAGCAACCAUGAGUUAUAAAGCUGAUGAGGAUCAGCUCAACGAUAAGCUGCAACAGUUGAGAUGUCACUUUACAUGGGAUUUGAUCAUUGCAGAGACAGAAAUACCGGAUUUAGAAAACAGGGUCUUGGAGGAGAUUACGUUCCUGGACAUCAAAUACAAUGUGGGAAUAUACAACUUACUGGCCUAUGUGAAACACCUGAGAGGCCAGAAUGAAGAAGCCCUGAAGAGUUUACAAAAAGCUGAAGACUUAACCCAGCAAGAACAUGCCAACCAACCACAAGUGAGAAGUCUGGUUACCUGGGGCAACUAUGCCUGGCUGCAUUACCAUAUGGGCCAACAAGCAGAAGCCCAGAUUUACCUGGACAAGGUGAAGAACACUUGCAGAAAACUUGGGAAUUCCUCCAGCUAUAGAAUGGCGUGUCCUCAGAUGGACUGUGAGGAAGGAUGGGCCUUGCUGAAAUGUGGAGGAAAGAAUUAUGAACGGGCCAAAGUCUGCUUUGAAAAGGCUCUGGAAGUGGACCCUGAAAACCCUGAAUUCAGCACUGGGUAUGCAAUCGUUGUCUAUCGCCUGGAGGGCUUUAACAAAGCACAGAUUAGUGCGGAAUUUUGUCUGAACACCCUAAAACAGGCUGUCAGGCUAAAUCCAAAUGAUGCAUACAUUAAGGCUCUUCUUGGCCUGAAGCUUCAAGAUGUAGAACAAGAAGCUGAAGGAGAAAAGUACAUCAAAGAAGCACUGACCAAUGCAUCCUCAAAGGCUUAUGUCUUUCGGUAUGCUGCCAAGUUUUACCGAAGAAAAGGCGUUCUGGAUGAAGCUCUUCGGCUCUCAAAAUUGGCCUUGGAAGAAACCCCCUCUUCUGCUUUCCUGCAUCACCAGACAGGGCUUUGCUACAAGUCACAAAUAAUCGAAAUAAAGUUGGCUACAAACUGUCAGCCUAAAGGACAGGAUAAAGAGAACAUCAACAGAAUAAUACCAUUAGCCAUACAUCAUUUGGAACGUGCUGUGCAACUAAAGCCCACAUUUGAGUUAGCUUAUACAAGCCUGGCAGAAAUGUACGCAGAAGCAGGUGACCACAGAAAAGCUAAUGAUACUUUUCAAAAAGUGCUCAGCAUGAAAGCACUCGACAAAGAAGUGCUGCAACACAUACAUCUCCACUACGGCCGAUUUCUGGAAUUUCACAAAAAAUCUGAAGUCGAUGCAAUUAGCCAUUAUUUAAAAGCAAUAAAAAUAGAAAACCCAUCAACAGAUAGGGAUAAAAGCAUCCAUUCUUUGACGAAAUUGGCUUCAAAGAAACUCCGGAGAAAUCCAUCAGAUAUAGAAAGCUUGAGUAUCCUUGGGUUCAUCCACAAAGUAAAAGGAGAAAUGAAUGAAGCCGUGGAGUAUUACGAGCGGGCCCUGAGGCUGGCUCCUGGCUUGGAGAACUCUGCUGUGACCCCCAGGCACUGAAAUACGGACCACGGUCACAAUAUAUACCAAUCAUCUUCUCUGCUUGCGACUUUCAGAAACGCAUUAUGUAACUCACCACAAUGCCGUAAUCGUUGAACAAUUACUCAAACCUGAUAAAACAUUAGUUGUAUUCAGAAAAUAGGCAAACAGCCUUCAGGAGCGAUUGUGCGAUCAGAUCCAUCUAAGAUGGCGACUGCAGAACCGGAAACCACCCCUAUUCCCAAUCCCCCGGCUGCAGAAGAGAAGACAGAAUCUAAUCAGGAGGUUGCUAACCCAGAACACUGUAUUAAAUAAACACCCUUUACAGAACAGAUGGGCACUCUGGUUUUUUAAAAA